ACUGAAAACUAAUUAAUUACCAGCUCAGGAGGAUGUUAAAAAUUAAUGAUUCUGUUAUAAUAUAACAAUAUCAGAUGCCUUAGAAAUAUUGCUUCAUCAACCACCUCCAUUUCUUGUGUCCAAUUAGUGAAUGUGAUUCAGUUCUACUUGACCAAUCACCCCACAGCCAGAGUCCCAUAUAAACCAUACCAUCCAUUUUACUCUUAACAAAACAGAAGCAGCCAAAAUGUGAUGAUGAGCACCUUGUUUUGAACGCCCCAGAAACCACCAGGAAUUCCUCUCUUUCAAACAUGCCCUCCUCGUUUUGCCACCUCUCAUAAACCCCUUUGCCCUUGCAUACCAUGCUCUUCUACAUUGUCUCUUAGCCCACCUCAAAAGCAUGUCUUCUUCUCCACAUGAAAUUGUCCUCACCAGCUCUCCUGACGGCCCCAUUAUUGCCUAUGAUGCUUCCUCAGGCGCCGCCCUAGCACAAUUCACAGGCAGCCGGUCACCACGCCGAGGCCUUGCAAUUGUUGGGAAGAGUUAUAUUGCUGCCUCACACAUAUCACCAACCACUGCUUCUGGUUCAGUCCACCUUUACAAUUGGUGGUCUUCAACUGCCUUCCAUAACCUCCCUGUCCCGGAGCCCGUUGCACCCCUCACCGUCACGUCUGACGGGUUGUAUCUCUUUGCCGGUGGCCUAUCAGGCAGUGUGCAUGGAAUUUCAAUCCCAUCAGGGGAUGUGCUCAAACCAUUGCCUGCACAUAGCAAGCCUGUGUCUUGCCUUGCAAUCAGUGAUGAUGAGUCACUUCUGAUUUCAGGCAGCGAUGAUGGGACCAUUGUUGUUGUCCCUAUCUUUCAGCUUGUAGGAGCCUCAGGAUAUGACAGUGUGGAAGAAUUGAUAUUGCAUAGGUUUGCUGCUCAUUCUGAUUCAGUGACUGCCAUUGUUUCUGGUAUGGGAUUAUGCAACUCCCAGAUUAUCUCAUGCUCAUUGGAUUGCACAUGUAAAUUCUGGAGUCUCUUGCGUGGAACGCUCCUGCGUACCAUUGUGUUUCCAUGCACUAUUUCAUGGGUUGCAUUGAACCCAACACAGCCUGAGUUCUAUGUUGCAGGAUCAGAUGGUUCAGUACACAAGGGAUCACUGAAAGUUGGAAGCAGGCAACUUGUGACCCAAGGCAGUGAAUUGAUCGCGUGGACUCCGAAGCACGGUGGUGCAGUUGUAUCUAUGGUGAUGGUGAAUGGGGGAAGGAAUUUGAUAUCGGCUUCGGAAGACGGGAGUGUUUGGGUUUGGGAAGUUGAUGCGGGUCAGGUGAUCAUGGCCCUUGGAAAUGAGAUGGGGAGCAUUAGUGAUCUGGUGGCAGCUACAGGCAUAAAUUGUAGCAAAGCCAAUGGUUUUGGAAUGAGCAAUGGUGCUUACGGAUCUGGAAAUUGCUACUUUGGGUCUUCUGGCAAAGAACUUAUGAAUAUGCCAAUAAAGAAAAUAUUAGAAAUGGAAGAUGUGUUGAAAGUGGCUGCAAAUGAUAGAAACAGAGCCAUUGAUAUGCUUGAAUCUGCUAUUGCAAUGUAUGAGAGGCUCUUGGAACUCAUCCUCAAGGAAGCCAAGAGAGGUAGUCGCAACAACAAACAGUGGUGAAAAGGAGAAGGAUAAUCAUACAAAUUUCUAUAUGCAAAAUCUGUUAUUGUACAUAUAUAUUUUUAUAUAAUAAAUUAAAUACAUUGGUGGACACUAGUUUUUUAUUUUUUAUUUUUUAUUAUUCAUUUCAUAUCUGCCCUCCUGAAAAAACUAGACGGAACGUUUGUUUGAACGGGCAUGGAAAUCUGGUGCUCACAAGUCACAAAAUAACUAAUAGUACAAUCAAAUACGCAACAUUCUGAAGACAUUGUUAGAAUGAAAUGAAAAUUCAUCGUAUACAGAUCGUGUACACAAUUAUGAGGUGCAACAGACAACGGAAACUUGCAUUCAACUUCUAUGUAAAUCAAAAUGUGUAAGAAUCUGGUUGCUCUUACUAACUUCUUAGGAAGAAAAUGGGGUUACUCUCGUUAGACAACCAUUGGCUCCAAAAGUUUAAGUUGUCCGUCAACUAUCAAGGAAUGAGCCAACAAUGUAUAUCAAGUUUUACGUUUUACUCCCCCCUCACAUGCAUGAUGGGCCUGCACGUGGAGAGGCGGACAAACGGAGAAAGACAUAUGGCAUACAAACAUAUAGGCGCAACACCACCAUCCAUCUUGCAGAUCAACAAAGAAGUGGUAACAUGAAUCUCUAAACAACAAGAUUAGAAGGAAGCCUAAUAAUGGAUAUUUCCUCCCUUGCAUUCCUGUUUUUUGGCUCGUGCUAGCAGGCCAACCAUUAAAGUACUCUUGCCAUGUGCAAUGUUGUCCAACAAUUCAAACAUUUAAGCAUAUGCUAUUGUCCAAUUUUUAUGCAAAUUCAACAUGUUUUCAUCAUUCAAAUUGCAUAUACCAUUUGAUUUGAAGCAUUCCUAACAUAAAAGGUUGCGUGGUAUUUGAACCCUUACUGAAAAACAAAAAGAAAACAUGAAAUGACAAUAUCAUGACUUGAAACAUAAAGUUGUGGUAGGCAGGGGGCUGGGACUUAAAUAUCAUGCACAAGUGAACAAGUACAGAACUUUCUAGUAGAUCAUAUCAUAAUACCUUGACAUAAGAGACCCACAAUACAUAUAGACGGAUAAACUUUUAUUUGUGAUGCUCAAUGCAUCUCAAUGAGAACCAAUGACAUAUUAGUUCAAUCAUACUGCAUCACAGUCUUAACCAUAUCAAAUAUAAAAAAUGCUAGCAUCAGCCCUUGUGAGCCUCUGUAAACUGCAUGUGAAAGAUAGAAGCCAAUGCACAAGACAUGGGAGGCAAACAGUCAUGGACAGGUCAUGAACCAGCAUAAAAAUUUCAGAACUAUUGAAGCAACCAAGGAGCCAGUAAGUGACCAUAGCUUCAACAUUUCUAAGCAUCUGAAAAAACGACUAUAGAUUUAUCACCAGGUAAUUGAAUUUAUGACAACUUUGCAAGGUUCUCAGUAUAGAAAUAUCAGAACAUCCAACCACUAGGUCUGGG